GAAUGCGGUAGCAGUAUUGCCGCCCUCAGGUCCUUAGCCGGACUGAGAUUGAUCGCGAGUCUCCAGGUUCAGAUCUGGGUCGAGUUAGGGGAUUAUAUCAGCUUUCGCUUUGGCCGCUUAGAGAUCAUAGCGAACACUAUCCGUCGCGACUUUCGUUAAACUCGUCGAUUAUACUACUACUACCGUUCCGAUCACCAAUUCUCGUCACGAUACUUGACUGUGUUACUCCUUAUGAUUAGGGAUCAUAAGGCUCCUGCUGGCCCGAGACCAGCUGCGCAGUCCCCGACUCGAUCGGCCAAGGAGAACCUCAACCCUAUAAACAGAAUCGAUAACGAACCAAUGCUUCACGCAUCAUCGUCCAACAAUCAUUCACUCUUCUCCUUCGGUCGGAAUGGGGCUCCAAGCGACGUAGGAGACAAUACCGCCAGCUCUUUCGAGUUCCUACCCUCCGUCAGUUUCGAUGAUCUCCAGAGCAGCAUCGAGUCAGCCUCCAACGAUUUUAAACUGACACAUUUUCCUUCGCCAUCUGGCCAAGGAUCCAUUCUCGACGAGGAAUCUUCAGACAGAAUGGUCAGGCAGUCUUCAGGUACCAGCCUAAAUGGCGCAACGACCCGUACGGGAGCUCAACCAAACCCUACUCCCAAUGCAGCAGCCACCAGACCGGGGAGAUCUGGUUCAAUACUGAGAAGGCCUAGCACGUCAAAUCGCCAGGUUAGCGGCAGCUCUACCGUGUCUGCAUCUUCCGCCAUCGUCGAUGCGCCGACUGCGCCUGCUGCAAUGAGAAAUAGGCGCCAGAACCAUUAUCCUCCUGUUUCCAGCACUAAUGUUGGUAAGCAGCCGAGGAAGUCGAUUGGACCUGGUGUUAUCGAGUCGGAUUUUGGGACCAGAGUACAGAAACGAAGGCCAAGCCUGAUAUCAGAUGGAUCAGAAAGAGGUGUAGUGGGUUCAGCUCGGACCUCGAUUGAUAUUUCAGGGCAGUCCAGUGAUGGAACGAGGGCCUAUGCAAACACACGAGCUACGAAGGCUCGUUCGGUUCAACCCGCACCAAGAAUAUCGGCCAACGUUUCUGGAACUGGAAGUGCUAGUACCGGUAGUGGUCUUGCUCCAGAUCAGAGCCGUGUUUCGGCAGCGUUUCCUAGGUCACCAAGAGCAGCUGGUAAAGGCUCUACACCUAAUUCUGCGAGAAGAAUGUCUGUAAUGCCUGGAACCCAUGGUUCUCACGUAACCGGUCUAGGUGCCAGAACUAUCUCGCCAACUGAUGCACAACGUAUGAAGCGCAUGUCGAUCCAUCCCACCCAGAACGUACCACAAAUUACAAACGCCCCGCCGCCACCUAUCGAAGUUCGCCCUAACUCACGCUCGCCGUCCAUGAUUCCUCGAAAGACAUCCACACCUUCAUCCUUAAGGACGACACCGGAGCUUACUAAUAGAAAAUCUUACAGUUCAGGAUUGUCUGUUGCCUCAGUGAACAGUUUCAAUACCCACCGGACUUCAACUGGUUCUAUUCAGCGGACCUUCCCGCAAGUCGGUCCGGCGUCGAGAUUACCUGCUCCUAAAACGCUGAAUGCACAUAACCCUCCUGCAGGUGAAGAGGAGGAGGAUGUGCCUCCUGUACCUGCAAUUCCGAAGGUUUACGAGUCACCCAAGGAUUCGCCAGCUGAGAUCUCUUUCCUCGAGAAAAGAAAAUCGACAUAUACGUUAGAUUCGAGUAGCGUUCAUAGCACCUCUACCGGAACCCCCUCAGGUACUCCGUCACAAGAACCGAUAAAGAAAUAUCAACGUAAAACCGGUACUCGAAAGCAUGCCCCGCGGAAGACACUUGCAGGUCCGGAUAUUGAACAGAAGAUUGGCAUAAGUCAGUCGAAAAAGAGUCUACAGCCCCUACGACUUCCGCCGCUCACUCUUGGGCCAUUAAGUAUAAACGAAGCAAAGAUCACAGCUUUACGAGACCAAGGCGAAGAUGAUGGUAAAUACAGUCCUCCCCUCUCGCGAACGAUUCCCAAGACGCCCACUACGCCAAUGACAGCGUCGAGGAGCACAUUCUUCUCUAGAGGUCGUACGGAUAAAGAAUCUGAAAAAACAGUUCUGCGGAGUAAUAGUUCUAUUCAUCACACCCGAGUAGAUAGUCCAACCGGAGGAAGUUUAUCUGAAUCGCCGCUUGAAUCUCUAGCCAAGAACCAAAUUCGCAAAGUUUCUGGCUCGCCAUUCCUCUCUACAGUCGCUCCUAAAAAGGACAGCAUUUUUGGUAGUAGACUAACGAAAUCUAAGACGGUUGGAGAUGUAAAUCAACCAAUUUCAAUUGAUACCAAUGUCGAAGCUAGACCACCCCAGAAACCAUCUGGUCCACGGGCGCAGAAGUCGACAAAAGCAGGCAACAAGUCUCCUGCUGAAAACAGUCCGGAAGAGCCUCCAACACCAUCUUCGAUGAGUAAUUUGAGGAGAAAAUUAAGCUUGUCUUGGAAAAGAAGCAAUUCGAAGAGUAGUCAUCAUGCGUCUUCCGGAUCUGUUGACAAGGCCUCCGAGAAGCAUGCUCGACAGGACAGCAUGCCACCUCCGCGAUUACCAAUUUCGGCGUCCAUGAAUAUAAGCGCGGCGAAGGCUUCUAGUCCGAGCCACACCACGAAACCAUCGGGAACGUAUUUGGAAUCCAGGCGUAGGAAGAGUUCUGCGUCCAGUCUCAACACUAUGUUUACGCAGAAGAGUCGGGGCGAUGCCUGGACAAGCUCCAAGGAAGACGUGGGUAACAGCUCGAUGGUUGAGGCUUCAUCACAACCCCGGAAUUUAUCUAUGCAGAAGGUGCUCCGUCCAAGGCCGUCUACUGCAUCAAUUAAGCGCCGGGAUUCUUAUACCGCAGAGUUGGAUAAGGACGACAUGGUCGCCGAGGACGAGAUGAGGAAGUUAGCCCUGAGGAGGAAGGAGACGGAAAUGGCGGCUCGAACGCUAGAUGCUCUCCGCAAGAGGGCAACGCCGAAGGAGCGUGUCGGUGCUCAUGAAGCAAUACGGAUAGCCAUGCUAAACAUCUACGAGAGAGGCGAGAUUGUCGACUAUAACGACGUCUAUUUCUGCGGCACUCAAAAUGCUGGUAAAGUCAUCGGCGAUUUGAACUCGAAACUUCCAAACUUUGGUUACGAUGACGAGCGCGGAGACUACUCGAUUGUUGUGGGUGAUCAUCUUGCGUAUCGUUACGAGAUUGUCGAUGUUCUCGGAAAGGGUAGUUUUGGUCAAGUGGUGAGAUGUAUCGAUCACAAAACUGGCGUGCUUGUUGCGGUGAAGAUCAUCCGCAAUAAGAAGAGAUUCCAUCAGCAAGCUCUUGUCGAAGUCAAUAUUCUACAAAAGCUUCGUGAAUGGGAUCCUCAAAACAGACAUAGCAUGGUCAACUUCACUCACAGUUUUUAUUUCCGUGGCCAUCUCUGCAUUUCGACCGAGCUUCUUGACAUGAAUCUCUACGAAUUCAUCAAAUCCAACGCCUUCCGCGGAUUUUCUCUCAAGCUCAUCAGACGAUUCACCAAACAGAUGUUGAGCUCUCUCAACCUCCUGAAGCAGCACAAGGUGAUCCAUUGCGAUCUUAAACCGGAAAACAUUUUACUUCGACAUCCUAUGCAUUCCGAAAUCAAGGUCAUCGAUUUUGGUUCCAGUUGUUUUGAAAACGAAAAGGUUUAUACAUAUAUUCAAUCCCGAUUCUAUCGAUCGCCUGAGGUUAUCCUGGGAAUGACCUACGGCCUCCCAAUUGACAUGUGGAGUUUGGGCUGCAUUCUCGCUGAGUUGUACACCGGUGUUCCCAUUUUCCCCGGUGAGAAUGAGCAAGAACAGCUUGCUUGCAUCAUGGAGGUAUUUGGUCCACCCGAAAAGCAUCUCAUUGAGAAGAGUACGAGAAAGAAGCUUUUCUUUGAUUCGAUGGGCAAGCCGCGCUUGACGGUAUCUUCAAAAGGCAGGAGGCGUCGUCCAUCCUCCAAGACACUUCAACAGGCUAUCAAAUGUGAUGACGAACCAUUCCUCGACUUCCUUGGACGGUGUUUACGAUGGGACCCGGACCGCCGUCUUAAGCCUGAAGAGGCUAUACGACACGAGUUCAUUACCGGACAGAAAACAUCUGUUCCUGUACCUAGAACACGGGAGUCCUCUCCGGUCAAGCGUCAUAAUACCAUUUCAACACCGCGGCCCCUACCCGAACCCCCGGGACCCGGCAAGAGCGGACCAACCCUACGGCCCAGAGAAACGAACAAUAGCCCUCUGAAGCCAGGCGGGGCAGCGAGACGGACGUCUGCUUUCACCGGACUUACUUCCGGUACAAAAAGAGCUAGUGCGGGAACAGCUGCAACAGUAGGCAACAGCAACCUUCCCCGUGUGGCCGGCCGAACUGCUAGCGGCAAACAAGAUCUGGCCUCGGUGGGGGCUAAUGUUGCUAUGAGUCGACGAGCUUGAAUGAGUAAAUAUUCACACAUUAGGAGCUUGACAUCGAGUCUCCUGGCACGUUUUAUGAGAUUAAUUAGGCAUUUAUUUCCAUUGACACCAUAGAGGGGUCAAAUCAGCUUCCAUGUUUAUACGUCUGUCACGGAUGGCGGCGUGAUGUAUUGCACAUGUUUUUAAGACGACGAAUACCGAAAAUCGAGUAUACAUACCUACCAUGUCGAAGCUAAAUAGCUACCAUCGCUACUAUUAGUUUCUUUCCGGUGUCGCCUUGCUACUAUAUACAUGGAUAAUGUUGGCCAUGUUUGCUUACCGCAUUCGAUCCCGAUGACGAGUGAAUAUACAACUACAUAAUGCUUUUAAGUCUAGCUUUGUGCAUGAGUUAAACGGAGACGGAGCAUAGCCUUGAGUUAAGGGGCAUGAACAUUAUUAUUUUUUAUCUCCUUUUUUUUCCUUUGAACGCAUGUACUUAUAGUACUUUAUAUAAUGACGAAGGUCCAAGCCGUAAAAUGCAGAUAGAGGGGCGAAC